AUGACCAGCAGCAUCCCGUUCCCCAAAAACAAGCAACUCUGCUCAGAAUUGUCCAUCGUCAAAACCCCUCGCCGCACCCUUGCCAGGAGGGUGACGUCCGUUCACUCAUCUGUCUCGACAACCGUGGACCUUGACUGGCUACCGGGCCAGCCUUGGAUCAAGCUACAAGAUCAAGAGAAGGUGACUCGGUAUCUGAAAAAGGAAUUGAUUACAGAGGACCUCAACAAGCUAUCUCCUCACCUGUGGCUGGUUGCUACCCAGAACAGCACACACAUUUCGUCGCUGGCCCGUCAACUGGUACGAGGUCGCGAUAUCGUGGUCACUGAAGAUCCAGGCCUUCACUUGACGUGGAUCUACGAAAGGAGUAUCUACCUCGUCAGCCCAGAAUCGCCCAUCGCUCCUACGGAUAUAGACGCCCUUCUCAAAGCAGCACGUGGAUUCUUGAGAUCCUAUGCGUUCCUUAUCCAACACAAGGCAGACUAUCUUAUUGCAACGCACGACGACAGAUUGGGUCUCGUUCCAAGAUCUAUCACCUUUCCUGACUUGGUUGAAUUUCUGAGAUAUUUCAGGGACAUCCCGGACCAACAGGUUUCUCCUCGAUACUAA